AGCGCGGCCAGAGGGAGGAGUGGAGCGGAUCGGGGAGCCUGAGAGUGUGCAGCGGCCACGGUGGAGGCGGCGGCAGGCGGAGCGGCAGCGGCAAAGGAUCCCGGCCAACCCAGCGCACAUCCCCAGUGCCCUGCGCUGCAGAGAGCUCGGAGGAGCGCGGGAGCAACGACACCGGAGUGGACAAAGCAAGAUGGCAGGGAUCUUAGCCUGGUUCUGGAACGAGCGGUUUUGGCUUCCGCACAAUGUCACCUGGGCAGACCUGAAGAACACGGAGGAAGCCACCUUUCCGCAGGCGGAGGACCUCUACCUCGCCUUCCCCUUGGCCUUCUGCAUCUUCAUGGUGCGGCUCAUCUUCGAGAGAUUCAUAGCCAAACCAUGUGCCAUAGCCCUCAACAUCCAAGCCAAUGGACCACAAACUGCCCAGCCAAAUGCCAUUCUGGAAAAGGUCUUCACCGCCAUAACAAAGCAUCCUGAUGAAAAGAGAUUAGAAGGGCUCUCCAAGCAGCUGGACUGGGAUGUUCGGAGCAUUCAACGCUGGUUUCGACAAAGACGCAACCAGGAGAAGCCCAGCACCCUGACCAGGUUCUGUGAGAGCAUGUGGAGAUUUUCCUUUUACCUCUAUGUAUUCAGCUACGGAGUCCGGUUCUUGAAACAGACCCCUUGGUUGUGGAAUACAAGACACUGCUGGUAUAACUACCCUUACCAGCCACUCACAGCUGACCUUCACUACUAUUACAUCUUGGAGCUGUCAUUUUACUGGUCUUUAAUGGUUUCCCAGUUCACAGAUAUCAAAAGGAAGGACUUCGGCAUUAUGUUCCUGCACCACCUUGCCACAAUUUUCUUAAUAACCUUUUCAUAUGUCAACAACAUGGCCCGAGUAGGAACCCUGGUCCUCUGUCUUCACGACUCAGCCGAUGCUCUGCUAGAGGCUGCCAAAAUGGCAAAUUACGCCAAAUUUCAGAAAAUGUGCGAUCUCCUGUUUGUCAUGUUUGCCGUGGUUUUUAUCACCACACGGCUGGGCAUAUUUCCUCUCUGGGUGUUGAAUACCACAUUAUUUGAAAGUUGGGAGAUCGUCGGACCCUACCCUUCCUGGUGGGUUUUUAACCUGCUGCUCUUGUUACUACAAGGGUUGAACUGCUUCUGGUCUUACCUGAUUGUAAAAAUAGCUUGCAAAACUGUUUCAAAAGGCAAGGCUGGGAAGCGGAACCCUUUACAUGUGUCCAAGGAUGACCGGAGCGACAUUGAAUCUAGCUCAGAUGAUGAGGACUCAGAGCCUCCAGGGAAGAAACCACACUCUUCAACAACCACCAACGGAACCAGCGGUACCAAUGGGUACCUCCUCACUGGCCCUUGUUCCGUGGAUGAUUAACUACCCAAAACUAUUAAGUUCUGAACAAAGGGAACUGUUUGUUCCUGGAAGUAUUUAAUAAGUUGCAAAUGCAGUUCCUUUCAUGAUAUCUCAUCACCAGAGACAAAAAAAAAUUAGGAUUCUCGGAGCAUUCUGAAUAGUGUACUGCCAUGUGUCCUGUCUGUGAAUGAAGAAAUCCAUUCUCUCUAUGUAGGCAUGCUGUAUGUAACUGACACAGGGAACAGUAUUUGCAUUUGUCUUGGGAUAUUAUUUAUUUUUUUAUUUGUUUGUAAAUCUGUGGACAGACAAGGACUCCAUUACUCCUUUCAUUCUCUGGGCUCAUGAUUGACAGUAAAGAUGUCCUGUCUGUGUGUGCCCCUUUUCCACGCUGUGGUCCAGUGUGCCAUGAGCAUCAGCUUUCUUUAUCCCUUAGAGCAAGCAACAUCCCAUGCCAGAUCCUCACCAGCUCUCAGUAGGUUGGCUUUCCUUCUGUUCUGCACCCAUUUUCUAGUGAGUCUAAACAGGAUGAACCAGGUGUUUUCAUCGCCACUCUUGGUGAUCAAUUAGCAGUUCAGAUGAAAGAGAGAGUGGCUAUGGGGGGACUUUAGAAUUUUAAAGGAAACUGCCUUGGAAUAGAGUUUGUCUCUUGUGCACAGACAUGAGACUCCUUUUCUGUGGUAGGUAGUCAGCGGUUGACUAUGAUGGUAACAAAGCUAUUUUGCCCUCCAGUGAAGUCAGUGUUCUGAGUAUGAAACAGUAUCACUUGCAUAAGUUCCCAGAUACAAAGGGACCCACAUACUGGGUUCUGGGAGUCUCCUAAGGAUAGCCACUGCCCUCAUCCAGGUCUUGCCAUGCCUUCUACCAUAUUAGUCCAGUCUUCUGUCCUGACGUCUAAAAAAGAGGAAGCCCAAGAUAUUCUGAGGCAGGAAAAGAAAAAGUCCUGUGGGAGUUGGCAAAGACUUCCUUCCCUGCAAAGCACUUUAUUGCAACCGACUUUCAAGAAAAAGCCCUAUCUGGUAUUAGACUCUGUAUUUUGCUGAGCAAAAUAAAUCGAAUGGGAGAAAGACUAUUAACCCCUUGCCUUCCUCCUCAAAUGCAUCCCAUAAUGACUUUCUUGUUGCUAGAAGCAUCCACCCCACUGGACAAGUCUGUUCUAUUUACUGCUCUGACGACUUGUGGGGGCUCCUAUGAAUUUCUCUUCAAGUGGAGCUAUUUCCAGAAAAACAGUAAAAAUUCUACUGGAGAAUGGCAGGAACAGCUGUGGGGAAAAUUACCAAAGAAUAAGUCAUGAGCCCUCCCCCNCCCCCACCCCCACCCCCUGCAGCCAGUGUUAACUUUUGUGCAGCUACAGAAACCGCACAGAUGAGCCAAGGAUUUGACCCAUCUCAUCUUCAGUAAAAAGGGAACUGAAUGGGAUUACAGGUACGCAUGAGUCAAACGUCACCUAAAACAGGACUCCAUACCAAUCAGCACUGAGUCACCAAUAGCAGAACGUUACAGUGCAUGACAGUCCUGCUGAGAUUCACCCCCACUCCAUUUUGUUCUUUUAAAUUAAAGCUGCAUACCCAUACAUUGAAGCCUGUGAGUUAAUUGUUAGGAGAAGACUCCCAGUGCAAUAUUAAAUCUUUCUCCACCUAAUUACAAAACAGUAUUUUCUAGUAUGGUCCAGACAACAAUUUUCAAAGCUUAGAAACAUGUCUAGUUGUUACCACAGAAGACAGUGCAACUGACUGUGUAAUUUGAGCCUUGCUGAUAUAUUAACCGAAACAGUUCUAUGUCUAAGAGUGAGGAGACUUGAGAGAGACCAGUGACAAGACCCAGGAGGUAGUGUUAGUAAUCAGAGCACUCGCUCAAAUGCAAACGGGUGAAAAACAAGAGCAGUGUUGAGUCAGUGAAAGUUGGUCAUCAGCCAAGCUAAGGGGCCUAUGCAUCUCUAGUCAAUGUCUGGGCACAUCCUCCCAGGUGCGAGAUGGUUUUGACAACCACUGUGUACUUGUUUUUGAACCAUGUGACACUCUUUUAGCACAGAAGAAUUUUAAGAUCAAUCUGUACAUUCAGAAGCGGUAUAUAAAAUGAAGUAAGUUGAUCCUGUCCGUACCAAAGGCAGAUCUAAACCAUCUUCUCCACAGAAGUUACUGUGGAAGACGAGGGGCACGCUUUCUGACUGACGCCUUUAGGUUGGCUCGGUCUCCAACGUGUCUGAUGAUUUUUGUUUCAUAUUACCUUUGUGAGAAAAUAAUUCUGUUUGGCUAAUUGAAAUGGAGUUUGUAGGCUUUUUCUGGAAUAGAAUAUUAAUAUCUCUGUCUAGUGUUCUCCCAAAAAUGGACGGAUAAGACUGAGAACAGACACUGUCUGAGGAAUUAUAUCCACAUAUGGCAGGCCAUAGCUCUCAGAAAGUCUGACUUGUAAAUCCAGCUUUAGGUUAGUUCUGAGUGGUGUUUUUGGUAAUUAGCAUAGCUUGUGGUGAUGUCUCCUCCUUCCUGGUUGCAUCCAAAUUCCCCAGGGUACCAAAGUGUGUGUAGAAAGGACUCUAGAAAAAGUAAUUUUCAUAGCUUACCUAGAUUUAGUGGGGGGAAAAGUAGGAAAUCAAGUAGAAUUUGGCCUUGAGUCAAUAAUUGAUAUAGCCAUGUCUGAUUUAUGUGUGCAUAUGUAUGUUUCUCCAAAAACUGAUAAAACUAAAUUAUUACUGAUUCAUCAUCAUCAUUCAUAUUUCUGUCCUUUUAAAAAAAAAAUACACAUUCAACCACAUCCUAGACAAACUUUCCUUCUCCUUAGUUUUGCUUUGUACCAGCUGAGACUAGCAAAACCCUUUCAUCCUCUCAGUCACAGAGCUCUCUGAGAUAGAACCCAGGUCCUAGAGCAUCUGCUGCCACACAUAAGAUACACCCAGUUCACUAUCACAGAUUCAGUCCUGUGGAUGUCGAGAGCAGAGGAAAAACUGCAAGGAUCAGUAUUGUAGAUCAUUCAAGUGUUUAUUGUAAACACUUGAUUGCCAUUUAACCCCAUGGUUCUAGUGUCUGCUGAACUGCCAGACAGGGCACAUCCCAAAUUAUCAUUAGAUUGUGUCAAUGGCAUCAAACGCUGAUGAAUAAGGCAGCAAAGGCAGGGACCAAGAAAGACCCGUCAUCUUUAGUCCAUAUGGUAGGUGAGUCUCAAUCUGGUAAACUCUUGUCUGAGCCAUAUACUUAACAAAAGCACUGCAUGCUACCAUGGUCCCAAAAGGUGAUAACAUAGCCUAAGUGCAGAGGCAGUACUGUCUGCUUGUGUGUAAGUACCCUCAUUGAUGUUCACAGAGUGACAAAAAUGUGUCCCUGUUGUAAUGUGACAUAGGCCUAUGCUUUUUGAGCAAACGUAAUACUUUCCUUCAUUUUAGAUAGAAAAGUCUGAAUCUUCCACCUUGUAUUUAAAUCUCAUUGUUACUUGGGCUAAGGAAAAAUGAGACUUCAUUGUUCAAAAGGACAAUGGAGCUCACCUGUGUCUUUGCUGACCAACUCUUCUGAGAAAAUGAAUGGGCGCCUUUGAUUGUCUCCAACUCAGUUUACGUUACUAAUCAUUUUGGGGUAAAUCAAUGUCAGAGUUGCCUGGAUAUUUGAGUAUUUUCCUUAAUUUGAAGAAGAAAAAUAGUGUACAGAAUUACCCCAAAGGUCUGGAUGUGGGCCAUUUAUCAGUAUGGGAGAUGAUGUCAUUAUACCCAGAGAGGCCUCAUCACCUUUGGAAAUAAGAAGUGCUGGCACUUUAUGGUAUGUUUGUGGUACUAGGACUCCUAUCUGCUUUUCACUUUUCCUUGUCUUUGGCUUAUUUCUGCUUAGUCAAUCAUAGCCCUGCAAUGUUUCUAACACCCAAAGGAGAAAAACAUCAAACAAGACCAGAGUCGGCCUGAGGGGAAAGUGGUCACAUGGUUCUUGUGUAGCAAGAAAGAAAUGCGGAGGGCUCUAACUACUGCAGGUGCCUUCAAGUAUGCUGCCUCUGUCAGGAACGAUCAUAAAUGUUCUUAAAGUGAAACAAGACUGUUUCCUUAAAUGUAUUCUUCCCAGGAUCAGCUUCUCUUCCAGAGGUGAAAUUGUGCCAUUUUCCAAAUGCUGUGAGCUAAUUAGCAAUAUUCUACCAAUCACAUUUUAGUUCCAUGAACUGAUGGGCUAAAGGAGGGCCCUGUAAUUCACCUAUGUGUACAUAGCACCCACCCACCCCUAGGGGGCGCCAAGCAGAUGUGAGGGAACCCUAGCCAAAGCUCUUGAAACUCCUGUAACCGAUAUUCAAAAGCACAUAAGAACAUAAGUCACCAUAAGUAAUGAAAUAUGUAGACACCCGAAUAAGAAGGUUCGCCUCCUGCAGGCUUUUGUGUCUUGAGAUAACCCAAAGCCUUUGACUGGAAUGCCUUGGCUGAUGGGCGCAUUGAGACCCCCACCAAUGCUGAGAAGUUGCAAGAGCCUGGGCCACAGGGUGAGUUACGGUGUCUGCAUGGAAUCGGGCACUCUCAGGAUUGUUGGGAAGUGAUGAGGGGGGUGCAGUUAGCCUGGAGCUGGUCUCCUUUAGCUCACUCACUCACAGCCUUUUUAGGCUUCUGGAACUCUGGCAAAAGAAAGCCAGAUGCUAACAUUUUUUUGCUUUCAGUUUACUAAUGACUGUUAGAUGAGCUCUUCCCGUCCCUUCUUCUCUGUCUGGUCCAAUUUUCAGGAAGUGGGAGAGGCUGUGCCCAUGUACACCUGUCUCCUUAACACAGCUCCACGAAUACUUGGCUUCCUGGAUUGUGUGUCUUCUGGGAACCAUGGGAUACAGCGUCAGUCAUCAUAGUUUCUGGGCUCAGAAACUAUGGAAAAAUUUGAUUUCAUUCAUAUUUUUAUUCUCUUUUGUCAUGAACUGUAAAACUGUCCUUAAUGUGAAGCUUCAUUUUGUUUUUUUUUAUUAUUAUUAUUUUGUUUUGUUUUGUUUUUUAGUGUUAGCUACAAAGCUGUGGAAUGGUUACAUCAUGAUUCUGGAAUGUUCCCUCAAAGCUUAAUUAGCAUAAGUGUGGACCACACUCCAGCUUAAUUCCCCUCUGCACACAGUUCUCAUCACUCCUGUGCCCAAGUCCUAGUCAUUUACCUUCAUGGCCUUUAGCUGUCAUAGAAAGGGAUGGUGGUUAAUCUGGAGGUUGGUUUCUCUUUUCCCGCUUUCCCUGGGGACUAGAAUAAGUGACAGAACCUCAUUUGUUUUCUAAAGAUAGUUCAGUGCGUGAGCAUCCGUCAGAGGUGGAAUGGUGUGCCAUUAGCCAAUUAGAAUGACUCUAUGUACUGUCACUGUGUUUUGCUGAUUUUUUUAUAUGGGAAUAUAAUCACUGUUCUUGAUCUUUGGAAGUAAUUGUUAUUAUGAGGAUCAUUUUACUUUGGAAACACUUUCAUAAUAAAGAUAAA